AUGGGUAGAUUUGAAGAUCACAUUACACUUCCAUUCAUCUGUCCAUCUUGUACGCAGUACAUUAACCAUUUGAAAAAAAUAACUAUUCAAGAGAAACACCAUAGCAGCAGGAUGCUAAAACUGUAAGUUAAUUGCAAGCUCAUCGUGGGUAAAUAUUGGUUGUAACAAGGCAGUGAGGUAUAAUUGGGAAAACUAUAUAUUUGAUUUAGCUUGCCUACAAACCCCCUCUCCCCUCUGUGCUCCUUCUGGUGCUGCUACAAUGACUGAUGCACUGUGGAAUUCUUCAAUGAUAGGUCAAGUACCAUAAGCAGUUACUCUGGAAUUAGAAGGGUCUGUUAUUUGUUUGAUGCAGUCUGGAAUACUUUUUCAUGAACUAGGCAAAUUUAUGUUUUGCCAUUUUUAGCUCUUAUCAGGAAAGAGGGAAGAGUUGCCAGGCAGCGCCCACAGAGCAACCGUUGCUGAGAGCUUACGCCGCCUCCUCUUGCCCUAGUGAGAGACUGAUCACAUCACAAAGGCCAGCUGGGUUGCUGUGGGCAGCUGCUUAAGGGUCUGGCUAUUCGGGACAUUCUGUGGAACAUCGAGAGAGGUUGCUCAUUGUUCUCUUCCGUUGUACAAUUGCAAAUUGUUUUGAAAGCCACUGAGAGCCCUAAGCAAAGGACAAGAUAUGUAAUCUGCAGGGUGCUGCCUUUGUAGAUGGUCUGAAGACUGCAGCUUGUUCAGAGUGCUGUGUUCAGGCUAGUGUCAGUGACUAACUGUUUGGAGCGUAUUCCUUUAUUGCUCAGUCUUAGGAAGCUGCCUUAUGCCUGGGCACAUUAUUUGUACAUCUAGGCCACUAUUGCUUGUUGUGUGUGGCAGCAGUUCAGCUGCACAUAAUCUAAAUUGUCUUGGUCAAUGUUGGCACACAAGAACAUUGCUUAGUGAAUGUAAUUACCUCCUCUUCCAAUCACAAAUUAUCCUGUAUUAAUAUUUAUUUAAUAUUUUUGUUGUGGGGAGGGGAAAAGAAGCUACUGUGCUCACUAAGGGCCCCAUCUCCAAGCAGCAGAGAUCUUAUUCAGUAACACCUCUGGCUAUUGAGGGCUAGAAACUAUUAUUACUACUGAUUUUCAGAAAGCUGAAUUCUGUACUUUUCCUAUGUGCUUACAAAAGAACAGGAUCACUUUGGCUGUAAAGAGAAGCUGGACUCAAGGCAUAGCAGCCCCUCAGCCUGGGGUUUGUUUUUUUUUGCAACAUUGUGUGGACUUCUGAAACCAUAACUGCUAUGUGAACAUCCAGUGGGCUAACCUGUGUUGAAAAGUUAUGGAGCAACUUUCCCAAUUUCUUGUUGCACUGUAACAGUGUAACAGCGCAGAUGCAUGCAUGUAAUUUUCUUAGAAGCAAGCCUCACCAGUGGUCAAUGGGACUUACUCUCUAGUGAGCAUUUUUAGGUUUGGAGUCUAAUAAGACCGUUGUCAGUUGAGCUGACUGCAAAAGUUAGGCAUGGAUGGCUGUAACGCUCCAUAGCUUCCCAGGCAACCUGUUCGUUGAAAAACUUUGUGAGCACUUGAGUGGUUGGUGUGUUUGUUUAUGUAAAAUCUAUCAAUGAAGAUAAUGGUUUUAUGUCCUUGGUCUGUUGUUCGGAGAAUAUUAGCAACAACAGCUGCACAUCCCAACCGCACAAUUUCCUCUUCCAACUGGUAGCGAUGUCAGUAAAUGUUAGGUUUUGGUAUGGAAAUGCAAUGCUGAUAAUCAAGUUUAAUCUAUUCACCGUGACCGCUGGCAUACACAUAGUUUUGCUGCUCUGAAGGAAAGGCUUUGUUUAAUCAGGGCACAAGCCAGCCAAAGGUUAUUUACCAAUUAGUUGUAUCAAUUUCAAUGAGAGAGUUAUGGAGAAGAGGCUUUCUCAGUGACAGAGCACAAGGUCCCAGGUGUUCAUCCCUGAAAUCUUUAGGUAGGACUAUGAAAGUUUUUCAUUUGAAACCAUGGUGAGAUACUGCCAGUCAGUGUAGAGAAUACACUGGUUUAACUUGGUAUGGCAGCCUCCAACAUUUCUAGUAUGCACAUUUUUAGUAUGCACCAUUGAAAUAUAAAAAAGGAUGCUUAGCUUUGGGUGGAUGGUGUCGUAGAUCUAAUUAUCUUAUCAGAAAAUAAGGCAAGGUUUCCUGGAGCAUACCUCAUCACAUAUCACCAAAAAACACCCACUGCAAGUUACAUGAAAGUUACAGCAAGAAGGUGGGGUUGGGGAGAGAUAAGCGUGUUUGUUGAUUAAUGAUCCCCGCUCUCCUUAAUUGCCCCAUUCUCCUAAAUAUGAUGCAGUAAUUUAUAGGAUCAUGGUGUCUCCCCAACACAGCAGGAGUCAUUGCUAUGCUGGCAUGUUCUAUGUACAAUUGCUGACGAGUAAGACCUGUUGCAAACAUGCAUAAGAGUGGGCUGCAAGUAGUUAAAUUUGGUAGGGGUUCAUAUUGCAUGGCUUUGCAACAUACCUGCUCAACGUCUGUUGUAGCCUCAACAUGAAGCAAUUGCUGUGAGAAACCAGUAACUUGCACAAAAAUCUCCCUCUAAGCCACAAAGCGACAAGAAGCAUAGCCUAUAACUACGGCCUUGUUCUUGGAAACAGCAGAUGAGGUGAUAACAGUUAUCAUGCCAGAACUGCAAAUGGGGCUCACAUGACUAAAUGAUACUGCAUACGAUAAAAAUCGGGGUCAGGCCAAGAUGUUUUGUGACCUGAGGCAUAGGAGAAGCUGGCAUCCUCCAACAUGCAGAAGUUGGCCAGAUUGGCAGUUGACUCUUUCUUCAACACUGACAAUGAGACGGCAACAUCCACCACCGCAGCCUGGAUUGGUACACACAAUUCUGUCAUCAAACACUUGGGCAACACUCCCCACCUCCAGCUGCUGCCACCAGAGGCACCUGCCUCACCCUGCCUAGCAGAAGGACCCUGGAAGACAUUAUUCCUGCACACAGAAAACUUGAUAUUGAGGGGAAAGCUUGGCCUUCUCCCUAUCACAACCAGCUUUUUCCAUGCAGAAUUGUGUUUGCAGGAAAGAGCAUUCCUUCACAUAGUCAGGUGGGUGGACUGGGGGAAGAGCGAGUUCCUUACACAAUAUGUGUUAUGUUCACUAUGCAUAGGAUUGCCAGGACUUUAAACGGAAAAAAAGCUGGUAGCAUGACGGGAGAGUACUACUCAGGAUGUAAGGCCCAGAACAGGCCCAGUGCUGGAGUCUAGUGCAAAUUUCUUGUCACAGGACAGAGCUCAGUGUUUAGGGGUGGGUCUGAGGGAGGCAGAGUCUCUCUCUCCCCCCCCCAUCCCAUUUAUUUUGUUAUCCCAUUCAUUUUUGCUAUUAAAGACCACUGGUGGAUGCCAUUUUGCCACCAUGACUAUAUGAACACAGUGCCUUGGAAACAAUGCAAAGUCCCUUGGCAGUCUGGGUAAAUAAAAUGAAGGCCACCCUGUAACAGUUGUUGAGAGAAGAAGCUCUGCCACUGCUGGAGAAAGAUGAUCCCUCCUGCCCGCAAAUGGUCAAUAAUAAAAAGUCAGUGUGGUGUGGUGUCAUGCAAAGUGUUAAGACUAGGACUCAGGAGACUCAGGUUCAAAUUGGCUAAAAAGCUCAUUGGGUGACUUGGGCCUGUCCCUGCCUCUCAGCCUGACCUACCUCACAGGGUUGUUGUGGGGGAUAAAAAGGGGAGGGGAGAACAAUGCACAUCUCCUUGAGGAACGUGGAAGAAAGGUGGAGUAUUAAUGUAAUAAUAAAUAAUAAAAGUAUUGACUUUGCUAGAGGGGCAUGGGGUUGUUGGUUUGUGUUGCUUUUCUUCUUGUUUUUCGUGUUUUUAUUUUGUAUUUUUAUACUGUGCACCACCCUGAGAUCUACAGAUGAAAGGCAGUGUAAGAAUUUAAUAUUAAUAAAUUUGAGUAAUAAUAAUAAUAAUUGAUGUGUAUGUUUUAAAAUGGUCCCAUUGUUGACGACAGAUUUUCAUUCAUUUUGAAAUGAAUACUGACUGCACCCCUAGGAUUUUUGGUUGUGUGGGUAGAAUCUAGUAGUAGAGAGCAGAGGAAAAAGUUGUCUGUUCACCUAAAUACUUUUGUUUGAACCAUUAGAAGGCUUUUCUUUUUUUAACUGCUGCUGCUGCUGUUGGUGAAAUGUGAACUUUGUCUUUUCUUUUCUUGGCAGCUGGGCAGAAAACUGAAAUGUUAUGGCUUGGUAAAUUGAUUGAUUGAUUGACUGAAUGAUUGCUGGGUAGUUAGUUAGGCUUCUAUAAUGUGAAUAAAUUCUUAGAGGGAAAAAUCUAUCUGUCAAUAUAUUAAUGCUGGAGGAAGCAGGUGGGAAUAUGUUGACAACUUUUGGCAUCUCCCAUGACAGUUUAACAGUUAUACAAUCAAGACAUGCAACUGAGGUAGCCUGUGUCCUCUGUCAGAAGGACAUCUGUUCUAUGAUGUUUCAUAGAUUGGAACUGUGUGGAACAGCUGUUUGCUGUUGAUUUUACAAAUAUUUCCUAAUUCAUCUUACUUGUGGUUUUUAUAUUUGCAGCUUUUUGAACUUUCUGCUUAAAGCAAUGUUGAGAUCCCCCCACCCCCAGUCAUAGAGGAUCAUAUGCUAAAUUUCUGUUUAAUAUCUAUAAGAUAAGAGGGUAACAGUAUGUAUAGGCAGAAUGGACGAAUCUGUCUAUUUCAUUUUGUCUCUGUUUUUCAUUCUUGCAAUUAUAAAUUCAGUUUCCCACAUUUCCACAGCAGCUUAAUUCCCCCCCCCCCAGUAAGUGCAAAGGACCACUCUGCAACCAGUUUGCACGAAAGAUCGCAAGAAUCUGGCAUCAUGUAUAUGGAACUUUUUCUCCAAGACCCAAGUGUAGUGCAGGUAAUUUUUUCUACAUUUUUAUUCCUCUGUGACCUCGUUCUCUGACCACCCGCAAGACUCCAACACAACAAGAAGCGUGCGUGCCCACCCACCCACUCACUCAAUAAUGAGCAUUUGGUUCAAACCUUUUUUUGCUUGGGUUUGCUAGGGGUGAUAUUGUAAGGGGCCACCGGUUUGUGUCUUUGCCUUGGGUCAGGCUUAGCAGGAUUGUAAUGGGACACAGGACACACUGUUGUGCUGUGUUGGAAAUGCAGUAGUUGACCUGCUUUUGACUGCAGAUCAAUAACACUGAUUCUAGCAAGGGAAGGGCCUCAAUCUGCUGUUCAUCCCUGCUUGUUCUAAAUAACUUCAGCCUUUCCUUCUAUUAUCUGACAGACAUUUCUGUGCUACACUGUAAGAAUCAUUGAUCCGGAUAAUUUUGAUGAACUUAGUCCGGAAGCAGGGGGAGUGUUGGAUUUUAUAAAUCUCAGAUGCUACCGCGACAUUAUCUAUGGCUUUAUGAAAUACAUAAUACCCUUUGGCAACUCUUUACCCCCACCGUGCAUGCAGUGACUACAGAAUGCCUUUGUGUUAUAUCUGGCAUAUUUAACCAUCUGUAUAUAAAUCAUGGCAAACAAAAUAAACCAAAUAAUUUUGUAAGCAGGGACCUGGAUAUUAUUUCAUAGGCAGGCAAACAUUUUGAAUCCGCAAAUGCUUAUUUGCUCAUUAUCAGCUACUUGCGAAAUAACCCCAAGUAUGCAACAAUAAGCCACAUGUGCCUGCUUGGAUAGGCAGACUCAAAAGUAUUCACAGGAAAGAAAUCUCUCUCCCAAUUUUAAUGCCUUGGAAGAAUGCAAAGCUCUUAAUCUACUUUCCAUGUGGCUUACAAAUAGUGUAUGCAUGUUGGUCCAAAGUGUAAGAAAAAGUUAAGGAAAAAAGUAGUAUAUUGGGCUAACCCAAAUGUUGUGUUUCUCCUAGUAGGAUACUGUAUACUACUAGAUGAUAAUGAAGGUGGUAAUUUAGGAAAGAUUAUGAAUAUCUGGUUAGUUUCAAUGCAACUUUAAGAAAAACAAAACAGCCAGUAGACGCAUGUGCUCAUAGUUUGUAGACAGUAUAAUUUGAAUUUGAUAUGACUGUUGAUAUUUAAUAAGAAUAAGAAUAGAUAAAGCCAUUUGAUUAGGUGUGCCUUCCCCCAAUGGGGAAUGAAGUUAGUAUGUAAAUGACUUUGUCACUGAAUAGUUGUGAUUUGGGCCUCAUUCUGUUCCAGGGAUUUCCAGCCUCACACCCACAGGUGCCAUGGAGCCUCAUGCAGAUGUCCCAUACACUGAACGUUUCUUCUUCUUUUUCUUUAAAAAAGGUAAGCCUCUAGCCAUCCUAGAAAGAAAGUCACCCUUCUAAGCAAUUUAUGUGAAAUGCGCAAGUCUGCCUUUUUUUUUAGCCAAUGCGGGAAGUCAACACUGUGACUGAUGAGUUGUUUGGACCCCAGUCAAUAGGAACUCCUAGAGACCUAAAGAGUUGCUGUUUCCCCUUCCACUUUAAUGUUCUUUUUUCCUGAUUCCGCCUUAUUUUCUAUGCAGAAAUUGAACAUGUUAAGCCUUUUACUGGAUGGCGAUACAACUGAGUGAGACAAUAAAGACAACCAGUUUAUACCAAGUGGUUGAAUAUAUACAUCAUGGUAAUAAUGAGUUAAAAUUGCAAAUGACCAAGCCAUGUUUUGUUCUACAGAUGAAACAGACCUUCUUUUCUUUUGGUCAUCAUAAUUAUGACCUACAUACAUGAUAUAAUGUGAUAGCUCAGUUGGAAGAGCAUGAGACUUUUAAUCUCAGGGUCAUGGGUUUGAGUCCCAUAUUGGGCAAAAUAUGACCCUCGUGGUCCCUUCUGACUCUAUGAAUAUACGUGUGCUUACGUUUUGGUCUCUGAAGAAAGAGUUAAAGACAGGGAGGCAGUUUAUCCUUAUGAAAAGAUUACUGCUGUAGUGCAAGAUAAGUUGUGAGGGAUUUAUCAACAUCUUUGAGAAGAAGGCACCACUUUGAGGGAAGUGUUAAGAUUAGAUUUUGUUUGAGUGGCUAUUUUGAACACACCUCCACCAAUCUUUCACUAAACGAACCAGGAGCCUACUGUAGUACAGUGGUACCUCAGGUUACAUACGCUUCAGGUUAAAGACUCCGCUAACCCAGAAAUAGUGCUUCAGGUUAAGAACUUUGCUUCAGGAUGAGAACAGAAAUCGGGCUUCGGCAGUGCAGCAGCAGCGGGAGGCCCCAUUAGCUAAAGUGGUCUUCAGGUUAAGAACAGUUUCAGGUUAAGUACGGACCUCUAGAACAAAUUAAGUACUUAACCUGAGGUACCACUGUACACAUUUACAACUCAUUUUUAAACUCUCUUUCUCCAAAUUGAGGACUAUCUCAUACAUGACAGUUAUGACUCUGGCUUAAAUUAGUAUUCAGGAAAAAUGUGCAACUUACAUUGGCAAUCGUGCAUAUUAAAUCUCUCUCCCACAUCCUGGCCUGCUUGAACGACUUUUGCAUUUGACCAAAGCAAAGCACAAGACAUCUGGAAGCCCUUUUUAGGGCCAAAUGACAAGAUACUACUCAAAUGUUUAGGAUUGAAGUCUUGUGCCAUAAAAGCUUUGAAACUGAUGCUGUGUGUGUGUGUGUGUGUGUGUGUGUGUGAGAGAGAGAGAGAGAGAGAGAGAGAGAGAGAGAGAGGGAGGGAGGGAAUUUGGGGUAACAAAAGAAUGAGUGGGAAAGCCCCCUGCCACUUCUCUGUUCCCACUCACCUCCUCCUGAGGUGGCUUUUCCUGUGAAGUAAGAGCUACUUAUUACACAAGUUUAUGCUUAAUGUACAGUUUGGCGCUUAGUGUCUCAUGUGAAAAUGACCGUAGAUUGGUCAGCAACCUUCUCUAACCUUGCUAGACCCUUUAUUGAGAAUAGGGCCGUCAAUGGCUACUAUCCAUGAUUGAUGUUCUCCUUUCACUGUCAGACAGUAUAUGGUUGCUGGGGGGUCACAAGUGGGGAGAGUGCAGUUGUGCUCAUGUCAUGCUUCUGUUCUGUUCUGAUGUACUUGCAGCUCUGCCUCCUUAUGAACAGUCUCUCUAAUGGCUUCUUAAUCGUUUUCUCUCUCAUUUGCCUUUCUGUCAAGAUUAUGUUCAUCUACCCUUUGUACAUGGGCAUACAAACCCAUGCUGCACUUUUGCAUCCUAUCAAUGAGAGCACCUACGUAAGUGUAAUUCCUGAUGCAUUUCCUGGUGACAUGAAAUUUAUUGAAGACAUUGUCAUAACUUUAUCGCUGCCCGCAAACAUGUCAUUCUGGUUGUUGUUGUUGUUGUCGUCGUCGUCGUCAUCAUCAUUAUUUUAAAAGCCUUGUUUUGUUUCCCUCAUUUGACUACUUAUAUCUAUGUUGAGAAUUAAUGGCUAAAUAGAAAAAGGGGGCCAAGUUUUUAAACAAUGGGACUUAGGUUGUGUGCACACUGUACAUUUAAAGCACAUUUGAAGCAUAUUUCUCCCCUCAAAGCAAUCUGGGCACUGUAGAUGGGUGACUGAGGGAAGGAAUGAAAGGCAAACAAAGCACAACCCAGUCUGUCAUACUCUGCUCACUAUUGUGAAUGACCGCCAGAAGCAGAAUAGCAAUGAAUAUCCACUAUGACUGAAAAAAACAGGAAAGUGUGCAAGCUAAAGUGUCGAAUGUACAGAGACAGAAAAACCAGAUCUUUAUGACCCAUUCACAAUAUAAAGCCUCCAUAUGGAAGCACCUUAAGAGUAGGUAAUAGGGGGCUUCAUAGUCAUACACAGGAUAAGGCAGCUUCCUAUGUGGUCAUGAUUUUGUGCCAUUCUGUCUGACCAACCGGGACGUCCACAGCAUGCCCACUCCAUUUUGAACCUUGGCUUCCUCUAUUUUCAGCAUUGCUUCUCCAUUUGUUGGUUCCCAUUCAGCCAACGCUUUAAGGUCUUCAGUACCUCACGGGGGAAGAUUUCUGGCACCCACUUAUUUGUAUUAGGUGUAAGUGGGAUAGAAUAUAUGAGAUGGAAUGUGGAGGUAGCUGUGAAUUUGUUGUGUGACCUCAUACUGGCCCAGAAUAUCACUCACAUUUCCAUAUGCUGUAAUGGAACACUGAGGAUUUCAACUCUUCCCAUCUCCUUGGGAAUGUUCCUGUCCUCAGAAUCAAUGUGAAAGACUGUCAGUCUUGUUCCGUAUUGUCUACACUGGCAGACAGUGGCUCUUGAGGGUUUGAGGCAGCGGACAUUGUUUGGAUGGAGUGACCAGCUUAUUAUUGUUGGGAAAGUUCUGUGCGGAUUUUAUUUCUUCAGUCAUUUCAAAAGCUUCCAUGGAAAGUUUGAUAGUGAUACAGUUAAAACACUUUCUGUGACAUAAAGGAAGUUGCAGUAGAUUGUGUCCUAAGUGCUCAGCCACAAAGUGAUUCCAUCAAACUAGCUACCCACUUAGGCUGAUUAUCGUGUUGUAACACGAAAGAACACCGUAAAAAUAGGAAACAGCAGGCACUCUUAACUGCUGAAUGUAUGGCCUGCCAUUUCCUUGAGGUGUAUCUGCUUGGUAUUAAUGCCACUUGUUAGAGGUUUUGACCAUGAUGCAUGUUAAAAUGUUUAGGAAUCCAGAUAAAUGUGAAAUUGCUUGGUGUGCAAAAGCAUAAUAGAAUCAUAGAGUUGGAAGGGACCACAAGGGUCAUGUAGUCCAAUGCCCUACAAUGCACGAAUCUUUCACCCAACAUGGGGAUUGAACCCAUGACCCUGAGAUUAAGAGUCUCAUGUUCUACCAACUGAGCUAUCCAGCUAUCCCUUCACUCUCCUUAGAGUUUAAUCUCUUAAUCUUUACUGGAAAAGUUUGAAAAGAAGGAGGGGAGGUGGGAAGGUAUUGAUCACAGAGAAAACUCUUGAAAUAAAUGGUUGCUCCCAUUCACAUGUUCCUUGUGGCUUGCCAAAGAGUUGCUACGGUUUCUAAUAAUGGCUCGGUCUGGCUUUAACCCCCACCCUACAAAAAGAAUGUUCCAGUUCAUCUUAUUCAGCUAUCCGGCAAGAGGUUUGUGCAGAUAAUUUGAUUUGCUGCAGAAAGAAUGACUGAAAUUACUAUGUGCUUCUGAUGCUCUCUAAAAAGCUAAAAGUAUCUGUGAGGGAACAAAUAGCUUUAUACACCACUUUGAGGGGUUUUUUCCUACAAUCAAGCAGCAUAUAAAUUUUAUGAAAUAAAUAAAUGCAACCAAAGAUGGGUAUUGUCAGACUUAAUGAACAGUUUCCCUGCGCAAUCAUUGGAUUCCCCACUCCCGCAAGCAGUGUUAGUACUGCAUUCUGUUUUCCCAGUGUUUCCUUACCCAAUAAUUUUCCCGUCUUAUGUGAUCUUUUACACAAAGUAAACACCACUUCUAUAAAUGUGGGAUCUAGUGCAUGUCUAAUGCUCAUAUCUGUUUUAAUUGCUUCCAGACAAAACUCCAUUGGCAACCCCGAUAACCCCAGAAAAUUGUGGGAUGGAAUUGGGGGACGUAUCCUGGUUUUCUGCUCUUUCCCACUGUUUUUGUUGGUGAAUAAUGGGGAAACAAAACAUAUGUACAUGUGCUUAAAGGGUGGGGAGUGGUGUAUGAUGAUGUCACACCGUGUCCACCAGUAUGAAUGAAAUUUAGUGUCAUAUAUAAUUUAGUGAGGGGACGCGGGUGGCGCUGUGGGUUAAACCACAGAGCCAAGGACUUGCCGAUCAGAAGGUCGGCGGUUCGAAUCCCCGCAGCGGGGUGAGCUCCCGUUGCUCGGUCCCUGCUCAUUGCCAACCUAGCAGUUCGAAAGCAUGUCAAAGUGCAAGUAGAUAAAUAGGUACCGCUCUGGCAGGAAGGUAAACAGCGUUUCCAUGCGCUGCUCUGGUUCGCCAGAAGCGGCUUAGUCAUGCUGGCCACAAGACCCCAGAAGCUGUACACUGGCUCCCUCGGCCAAUAAAGCGAGAUGAGUGCCGCAACCCCAGAGUCGGCCACGACUGGACCUAAUGGUCAGGGGUCCCUUUACCUUUACCUUAUAAUUUAGUGACAUGGUCAUAUAUCCAUCAAAAAGCCACAGUUUCAUAAUGUGACAGGAACAUUUGAAAGUGGGACAGAUGAGCUGGCAUUACAACUGUGCUAGCUCCCACCCUUAGAUACAGUACUUGGACUCUCAGCUCAGGGAAACCAGAGAGCUUUAUUCAAGAAAUCAGUAUAUGGUAUCAGCAUUAGUUCAAAGUGCAGGACACAUGAUUCACAAGUCUAUAAGCUUCUAAGAUUCAUGGCUAGGCAGCAGCUAAAAUAUUAUCUCAACAUUUGACAUUUUCCUCCUGCUCAACUUUUGAAGUGGGGCAGGACGAGUAAUUUGCAUGGUUCUUGUCCCAGGCAAAAAAGACUACACUUGGAAGCAUGCACUUCUGUGGGUGUGCUGGGUCUGUUCACACCAACACAGUCAUUGGCACAUCUUUGACAAUGGGGCCUGAGUUGGUUUCUCCAACUCAACCUCUGCCUCUGAUUUAGCUGGCCCUAUUCAUUGGCCAGCAGCCUCCUUGGUUACCAUGGGAACUUCACUCUUAAGGGGUUGGUUAAGAUUGACUUAGACAGUUUCCACUCCCCAUCUCUGAUGUCCAGUAACAAAGGGGUCAAUCAAUCAACUCACUGCUUGGCCUCUCCCCAUCUCUGAACUCUGUAUCCUUCUAAUUCUCUGCUACAUCCUGCCCCAGUUAAUGCCACAGGACCUAUGACACUAACCUGGAAAACUAAAGUAAUAAGAUCCGUAUGGUGCCAAUAUGGCCUGAGCUGCUUCUUGGAGCUUUGGUUAGGUGUGUCUGCCCUAUGGACAGUGCAGUAAAUAGUGCAAUACUAUAUAUUUCUGUUCAGAAGCAGGCUCUAUUGACUUUAAUGGGACUUACUCUCAGGUAAGUGUUUAUUGGAUUGCAGAUUAAAUUACUGAAAAGAUAUACUCUCCCCUGUGAUGGAAACCAACCCUAGGAAGUUUUAGUAAGAAAUACUGGUAACUACUGCUCAGAAAAAAAGAGAGAAGGAUUUUAAAAUAUUUCUUUCUUUCUUUAAACCACCCAUCAUCUGAAACUCUUGUAGCCGCUUACAAUAUUUAAAACAAGCAACAAGAUACUAAUAUUUAGUAUUAUUUAUUAUAGCUAUAUUAUAGUAUAGUUAUGGUAUAUAGUCAUUUAAAACAAUAUUAUUAUUUGGUAUUAUUUAAAUAUAAUACUAUAAUUAUUUUUAAAUUAUUUUAAAAAGCAUUUGGGUUGGUAGAAAACUGGUUGGUAGAUACCCUUAUCAUUAUAAAACUGCACCCUUAACUAUAUUGUAUUGAUUUGCUGUGUGCAUAGAUUCUGAGAAUUAUUUUUUUAAGGCUGCAAUCCUUAAUGCUAAAAACCCCCUGUAAGUUUUCUAAGAAUGAAGCCUGCAAUCUAGCAACUCCCGCUGAAUUUGGUGGGACUUUACUUCUGGGUAGCCAUGCACUGGAUUGCGCUGUAACCUGUCAGUCUUGUUUGGGCAACUUCCUUCUUGUGCUGAGUGGUUUGAGAGCUGUAGAAUUAGGGCUCCAGGUUUUGAUGUUAGAUGCGUCACUUUUCUGUGCUCAGGAAGUUGUGACGCAAGUCAUGGGUUGGGUUUGAGGUUUUGGAAACCUUUUGUAAAGGCAAAUCACUCUCCUUGCCCUGUUGCAUUUGCAAAGUAGCUGUGACAGUUGGAGGAUAACGGAGGCACGCAGGCCAAAAUGCAGAUGCUUGUCAGACAUAACGGGAGGAUUUUCGUGGCGCUUUGUGUAAUCCUCUUUAUGGGAUGCACAGUACAAGGUAAAACCGCAAGUGGCUGUUUUCUCUUUCUUCUUUUUCUGUAAUCUUCUUGUUGUGCUACGCAGCCUGAUAUAGGAAAAACAAGGCUAGUUAGUUGUGCAAUCCUACACCUGUCUACUCGGAAACAAGUCCUACUAAAUUCAGUGGGACUUAACUCCCAAGUAACUGUGCAGAGGACUGCUGUCUAAAACAGAGCUGCUCCAUGUCCUUCUCAUGUGGAUUUUAAGAUUAGUAUUAUCUACAACACCAGUCAUGUGUUACUCCAACCCCACAUAUGAAUGUGGAGGUAGCCUUGCUACAGCAGAGCAAUCUCUUUGCAUGGGUGGCUACCCUGAUGUGUUGCUUUUAUUCUUUUGAAAAAGGAGAGGUGUCUGCUCCUGCUCCACAAACACAAGAGUACACUGCCUCUAAAGUCUUAAAUUAGAAAGGGCAGGGGGAAGGAAAAUAAAUGUGACCUAAAGAAGGCUGACUGAGUUACUGGGCAUUGCUAAAAAAAAGGGAAAAGGUUGUCUUCUUAAUGCUCAAUACUCCUUGUUUUGUUUUCAGUAGGCAUGAUGUGCUCUCCUAUGCGUGAGUAGUGCAGUUGAGGCGCACGUAUAUGUGGGGAGGGGGGGAAUAUGGUCACUGAAUGACAUUGGUAUGGUCUGUGGGGGGAAGUGUGUAACUUGUUUCCAGUGAUAUCACAGACGCUAAAAAGUUCAACUAUCCUCUACCCAGCACCUUACAGUUGCAACAGCUAUAUGAGCUGUGUGCCUAUGUGCAUGAGUCAGUGAAGGGAAUUCCAUUUUUCACAACAAUAUAUUAUGGUUCAAGCACCUGGAAAAUGCAUUUGGUGUACUAGCUGGGAAAGCUGCUGUACUUGCACUUUUGUUAUGCAGCAGCUGGUCAUUAGGAACGUGGAACCUAUUAUAAUUCGGCUAUAAAGUAAUCAUAAGAAAUACUUUCAACAUCAACAAGUUCCAGUCUCUGUAAUGGUAGCAGAAUAAGACACAUAUAUUUGGAAAUAAGUUUCAUAAGUAAAGCUUAAUAGUUUCCACCCUUACUUUAAAAUGCUAUUAUAAUUUUCAAAUGAUUGAUGGUACAGUGGUACCUUGGUAGUUCAACGCCUUAGUUGUUGAACAAAUCAGCUCCCAAACCCGGAAGUGAGUGUUCCGAUUUGAGAACGUUUUUCGGAAGCCGAAUGUCUGACGCUGCUUACGCGACUUGCCUUUGUUUUCGAACCGUUUCUGGAGUUGAACGGAAUAAAUUUGAGAACCAAGGUACAAGUGUAAUUUAAAGCAACGUUUCCCAGGCUGUGGGUUGUGAGGCCUGUGCAAGUGGGCUUUAGAAUCCUAAACGAGUAUGAUGAAUGCCACUUACAACUUGUAACCAAUCAUGGGAAAGCCUCAAGUCUUACAUUUGAACACUUGGGAAAUGUUCUCUACUGGUUGGCAACAGUUGUGGUGACGGUUCACCACAAAGUGGUCAUACAGGGAGUUGUUUUGAGUGACUAUUACAGUUCCCCUCUGAUGUGCAGGAAGAUUCCCCCAAUUAGGUGAUAUUGCAGUUAAAAUACAUGAAACUGACAGCUGCCAAAUACCUAAGACCCAAAAUUCAUGUGACAGUAAAUGGAUGAGUCACCAUACCAAGUACAUUUGGACUUAUGGGUUUAAAAUUUGCUGUAUUUGGUAAGUUAUAGAAAAUAAUAAUUAAAAAUGAUAUCUUAUUAUUACUUUAUUAAUCAAAUAUUACCUUAGGUGUGUUUCACCUAUGUUCUCUAUAUUAUAAUAACCAAAUAUGCACCAGGGAACCCAAUUCUAUCCAGGUCUAUUCAGAAAAAAAGUCCCUCUGAGUUUAAUGGGGCUUACUCUCAACCCUAAGGCUGCAACCAUAAAGGGACUUAACCCAAGCAAACUUAUUAAGGAUUAAACUGUCAGUUCCACAUACUCAUUUUUUAAGUCCUCUGAGCUGUUUCUAGUAACCUAUUGUUAUAGAGUUAGGGUGGAAUCCAACCCUGUGUUUGGUCCAUCAGCACAAGGAUUUCUGCUUGUGUAAUAGAAUAUUCUUCCUUCUGAUCCCCCAUGUACCCUCUAAAAUCUGUUUGAGGAGUCCCACUAACUACCUGCACCAGAUUUGGGGGGCACAAUUGGGAGGAACGAGAGAAGGGGAAAUUCUAUUGUAGAAAUGGAAAGUUUCUGCUGACAGGAUGAGUUAGUAUACUACCCUCGGCUGGAAAAUGUAGACACUGUUUUUCUCUCAGCCAAUUUCUAGGCGCCUUGUUGAUUUUGUUUGAUUGGUGUGUGGUAUGAAAGAAAAAAAACAAGCUGUUUGAAAAGGCAUUCAGCUUCCUCUGUCAGGGCUUCAGGUUGUCUUCUGGUACAAGAGGAAAUUUGUGUAAGUGUGAAGAAAUUGAGGGCUCUGUACCUCAGGAGUUACCACACAGGAUACAUGAACAGCUAAAAAGAAAUGCAAUUCACAGCCCAACGAUCUGGACGUAUUUAUCCUCCCCCCACACCAUACAUUUAAAGCACAUGGCCUCCCCCAAAGAUCCCUGGGAACUAUAGUUCUCAGGGUGCUGGGAAUUGUAGCUCAGUGGGGGGGGGUAAACUCUAGUUUCUAGGAUUCUUUGGGAGAAGCCAUGUGCCUUAAGUGUAGAAUGUAGAUGUAUAGCAAACUCAUUCUAUGAGUGAUGGUGCUUAUGUAGCCAACGGGGCACCAUCCACACACAAGAGGGGAGGUAUCAGCACUUAGGGGCACCUUAAGGUUGGCAGAAAUAAAAAAAUACCCCAAAUCUUCAGAUUAAAAAUCCCUAAGGGUGGAUCCCUCACAAAUGACUGACUGAUGACUGAGCAUGCUCUGUAGGCACAGAACACCGGCUGACUAGCUGACUUUUGGCAGGGAGAGGAAAUGGAAAUGGUGCAGAAUGGAAUAGAGUAUUGCAAAGUACCAUGUUCUGGAAGAUGUCCUGAACAAUGAGCACUUUACACUGCAUCAUUAUGCUGAAGGUCUGACUUGUGAGACCUCUCAUUUUCAAGUUUCCUUGGGAUAAUAACAUAGUGCCACAUGUCGAACUGUGGCUCAUCUUUUGGCGUUUCACAGUAAGCAUAGAUGGCAAUAUGCCCUCUUUGUAUUCAAACCGUUAAGCUCUCCAUAGAAAUGGCUAAAUCUGUCAAAUUCAGUUUAUUCUCUGUUUCUCAUUUCCCUCAUCAUGAAUUCAAUUCUCCACAUUUCCACAUCCAUUUGUGGGAGAAAUUGUCCUACUGAAAAUUCACCAGCAUUUUAGUGUGAAUUUCUCCUAAUUGACACCAUUGUGCAUGCAAUUUUGCAUAAUAUACACCUUUUUGAAAAGCAUUUCUCUCUAUAUAUUAUUGUAUGAUAUUUUCAUCAAUAUAUACUUUUUAAUGCACACUUUACAUGACUAAACGACUAAACAACAACAAACCCCAGUCCAGUCCAGUAUAUGUCUUUUUUCUUUUCAACACAUUGCUUGAUUGGAGAAUCAAUUCAGGAAAGUGUGAUCUUUGAAGGAUGCAGAAGGAUACAGUUCAUGUAUUGUUUCGGAAAGGUUGAAUUAGGUAGAUUUGCCUUUAAUGUGAAUUUCUUCCACAUUCCUAGCUCUGGCAUCCAAAGAACUGAUUUGGUUUACAUAAGGACACUAGCCCAGCGGAUGUUUUGAUUCCUCCCUUCCCUUUGAAUGGCAGGCAGCAUGCCAUACACACAAGCCGCUUUUGUAACACUCCUAGAUUUAAAAACUGGCUGCUGUUUGAGCAAAAGAAGUGUGGAAUCCCGCUUGGGCUGAUGAAAAACAGUUUUCACGAUUUUUUUAUCUCCUUGUUAAACUGCUGCCUAUGGCACUUUUUUAAAAAUAGCUCAAUAAAAUGCUGUUUGAAACUACUAUACACAGGCUAAAGAUAGCAAUCCAAAAGUGUCAACAGGAAACAACUUUCAAUAGCUACCCCCCCCCAAAAAAAAUUCCUUAAUAAAACCAGUCUGUGCUUUUCAGAAGGCUAGGAAAAUAACUUAGGCAAAUUUUAAAGCAAGUAUAACAGGAAAGACACUGCCAUAACUUUAACUUAAGUUAAAAAGCAACAAAGGAUGGACACAACUAUAAAGCUUGCUAUGUAAUCAGUUAAUACUAUUAAAGAACAGGAUGAAAGUUUAAUUCCGCAAAUUGAAAUGCUUAUUUCUGCUUCUUUGAUCUUUGGGUUGUGGGGAGGCCUGCACUGGAAUGUGGUUAAGCUAAAAAGGAAGGAGUUAAAGUCAGAAAGUAUCUAGGAAACAUCUGCAGUAACUAUUUAUCACAAGUGGUAAACAGGCCUUUAUGAGGAUUUACCGUAAUCUAUCCUUAUUGCCUUUAUCCAAACCACUUUCCGAUCCUUUGUAUUAAUAUACCUGUUCCAUUUUGGAACAUUUUGGCUUCCAAACACCGAAAACCCAGAAGUAAAUGCUUCGGUUUUCAAAUGUUUUUCGGAAGCCAAAUGUCCGAAGCGGCUUCUGCUUGAGUGCAGGAGGCUCUUGCAGCCAAUCGGACGCCACACCUUGGUUGUCGGACAUUUUGGAAGUCGAACGGGCUUCCGGAAUGGAUUAUGUUCGACAACCGAGGUUUGACUGUAUUCAGGCCCAGCUUACUAAGAUUAUUUUCAAACUGGUAAGUAUGAGAUUGUACCUGCCAAUUCAAAUAUACUGAGGAAGAGGCUAUGGAAUUUUAAGGCUGAUCUCUCUGUGUCUUCCAUCAGCCACCAACUCUGCUUUGGUUACUCCCUGACUCGGAGCCUCCAUAUUUUUAAAUGUUACUGUGCAUAUAUGUUCAGAGGUGCCCAUUUUAAAAUGAAGUUACUUAUGGUUUUCCCAUGAAGUGAUAUUUGUGAGAAGCUACUCAUCCAGAGCAGGUUGCUAACCUUCAGACCUUGGCAAAAGACAACCCUGUUUGGAACUUGAAUAUUGAAUUUUCUGUUCUGUUUUCCAUAAAGUACAGUGGUUGCAUUAAAUGUGAGGAGUCUGUAUUAGUAUUUAAUGCAGGGUUAUCUGUUGAUAUUUAAUUGUUAAGGGUUAUGAAUACACCUGAUUCUAACAAAUGUACAUUUUCACCAGGGGCUCCUGUUCAGUCCGGCCACUAUGCGUGGGUCAGGUGCAGACCUGGUGCCAGUUCUGCAAAUUGCAUUGAAGAGCGAGGGCUAAGCUUUGUGAUUCCUGAUGGAAGUGCUAACAUGAUCCUCCCUCCCAUGGCUGAUCCAAUGCUGUAAGGAAAAAACAACAACUUUUGUCUUUAGUACUUAUUAUGAGUUUUCACUAAGCAAUGUUUACUAAGCAGUGUUUACAGGAUGAUGGUGCAAAAUGCAAUAGAUUUUAGGCAGCUUUACUGAUGCCAUGAAAUAUUUUUCAUUUAACCACUAUACAUCUGCAUCACCAUUACCUGGAUUCCAGAAAACAACAGGCAAAUAGAAUUGCUGCUCCUUUUUUUUCUAGCAGGGUUCCUGUGCAUUUUACAGCAGCCUGACAGGUUACCCUCUGCUUUCUUUUCCAAGCUCCUUUCACAGAGGUGUGUGUGGAGUGGGGACCUAUUCUUUGCUAGUGAAGCUCUGCAAAACACCAUCUAUUUUAUUUCUUUAUAUCCUGCCUUUCUCCCAUUAUAGGAGCAAAGGUGACUCACAACAUGAACGAAAACAGCUACAGCUAAAAAUAUACAAUCAAUAUAAAUAUUUUAAGAAAAUAAAUAAAAACAAGGAGCCAUAUUAAGAACAGCACUGAAAAUACUAUAGCUAUUUUAAAGCAAACACAAACACAAAAAGAAUAUUCAACACCCACCCUGCCUAACCACAGCCAGUUAGUGGCCAAAGGUUUGUCUGAACAUAAAACCCUUUGCCUACCAGUGAAAGGAAAGCAGAGAGGGUGCCAACUUAGCCACCCGUGAGAGUUCCACAAUCUGGAAGCAGCCACUGAGAAGGCCCUCUCUUGUUUUCACCAAACAUGCCUGGGAAGGGACUAAGAGAAAGUCUUUCUCAAGAUCUCAAAGCCUGGGAAGGCUCAUAUAGGGAGAUACAUCAUAUCUACUAGGGAUGGGCAGGCAUUAGACUUGUAGGAUCUGCUUAAUCUGCUUAAUUUUAGAAGCCUGAGGUCAACUAAAUAGAGGUGCAGCACAGUGUCUUGGAUGUUAUAUGCAAGGAAUAAAGGUUGCCUCUGGGUGUAUGCUCUGCCUAGGACAAAAAACCCUAGUUUCCCCCAGCUUUGUUCCAACAGCCCAACUUAGAGUAUGGAGGGGGAAAGUUGCUUUUAGUUGUUGCUAUGUUUGGACUACUGGAAGUCAAACUCUAGCUGAUAUUCUGCAAACCACCCAGCAAUCUUUCAGUAGAUCCCGAUCUACAUUCUGCUCAUACUUUAUCUGCGUAUUGGCGGGGCUGUAAAGACCCCUGACCAUUAGGUCUAGUCAUGGCCGACUCUGGGGCCGACUCGCUUUAUUGGCUGAGGGAGCAGACAUACAGCUUCCAGGUCAUGUGGCCAGCGUGACUAAGCCGCUUCUGGCGAACCAGAGCAGCGCACGGAAACGCCGUUUACCUUCCCGCCGGAGCAGUACCUAUUUAUCUACUUGCACUUUGACGUGCUUUCGAACUGCUAGGUUGGCAGGAGCAGGGACCGAGCAAUGGGAGCUCACCCCGUCACGGGGAUUCGAACCGCCAACCUUCUGAUCGGCAAGCCCUAGGCUCUGAUGCGCCACCCGCAUCCCUUUGCGGGGCUGUAUAUGUAAACAAUGAAGCAACCAUGCCUCUCAUUUAUUACACCAACCCUGUCAAGUUGCUUGGGCUCUGCCCUUAAGAUUUUAACUCAAAUCCUCCAAAGUCUAUGUUUCAUCAAUUCCAUUUUCACAUUUACUCCACCUUUCUAUCAGAAUCGACAACACCUUGGAGUCCACCUCUCAGUUUCUUGGAAGAAUACGACUCUCAUCAGACUCUCCCUGAUGUCUGGCUGUAAAAGGACACUCAUCCCUAGAUACACAGCAUAUAUUUCUGAUGUAAAUGGUCCAGUCUCAGGGUUGGCCCACCCAUGAGGCUAGGCCAGAUGACUGCCUCAGAUGGCAGGAUGCGCUGGGGCAACAGAUCCAGAUGUAGAUCUUUAUUCUCCCCUUGUUGCCGAUUUAGAUCUUCACUCACCACUUCUUUCCUACUGGGGAGGGAGCACAUCAUUUUGUGCUUUGCCUCAGGUGCCAGAAUGGCUUGGGCCAGCCCUGUCCUAUCCUUCAUUUCAACAUAAUUAAAUUGGUUCAGUUCAUUCCCAAGCUUAGUUCGGAGAAUGAGGAUUUCAAAGUUAUAUCCAAGGUUUAGAAUAACUUUUUAAAAUUAAUAUUAUUUUUUGGCUAUUUUUCAGAAUGAAGAAAUUUCAAGACCACCCUGAACACUUUCUAGUUUCUGGAGAUGAGUAUGGAUCAGGAAAUGAAAUUGAAGAAGAAUAUGGGUCAGGCAUCGAAUUUGACACAGAUGAUGCCACUAUUUCUGACCAGAUCACACCUGAUCCAAAUCUGAAGUUUAAACUAAAAGAUGAAGCUUUGUUUUUCCAAGAUAACAGACUGUAA